AAAUCAGCUCCAGCUGCUGUAUGUACUCCAACACUCCACAAGGAGAGGAAAAGGAAUCAAGAGGGAACAAAAAAAGGCUGAAGCAUGAACAAGACAGAAUUCAUCCCUGUUGUGGGAUUUGCAGUAUCAUUGCUGUUCCACAUGACCCAAACUGAAGUCUGUCCUCCGUCCUGCAAUUGUAAGUCACUGGGAGAAAUGAAGGGUUGGCAUAUAGACUGCAGCUCAAGGAAGCUGACGGAAGUGCCUGCCUUGCCUGUUAACACCAAGAGGCUUUAUCUACAGAACAACAGCCUGACCUUGGUUCCUCCCGGUGCCCUGGACCACUUGCGCAGCCUGGAGGAAGUGAAAAUGUUUGACAAUCCUUGGAACUGUGACUGUCAUAUUCUGUAUCUAAAACUCUGGUUAGAAGACAUCUCCGCGCCCUCUCUUGCAAACAUCAGAUGUGCAACACCAGCUCCCAUGAGGAUGAAGACCUUGAGGCAGCUAACUGGGAAUGAGCUGGGGAUCUGUAAGAGGCUUCUUCCAAUCAAGUGUCUUGAGUUCUUUUGGCGAGACCUCAUUUUAAUUGCUGGAGCAGUAAUUACACUUAUUUUGGUAGCAUGGGCUCUGAAAUUCUCAAAAAAGCUGGUUUGCCAAAUAAACCUAAGCCGAUACAACUCUAGGGGCUGACUGUUGGGGAGGCAUACCUCCCAAAACCACAAGACACAAUGAGCUGUUCACUACCGCUAGCUUGAACAGAAGCAUCAGACUAUUCUACCACAAGAAAGCACACGCAACAGUAACACUAGUUUUGAUGGCGAUCAUGCUACAAACAGAUCCCAGGGCUCAAAGCCUGGGUCCUCAAAUAGGCAAGUUUAAAUUAAUCUCCUUUCAAAAAUAACCUUGGUGACAUAUUGACAGGCAAGUUUCAUUCUGCUGCCAAAUACUCAUAUAAAAAGCAGUUUCUCAAUUUUUAAAAAUCAUUUAACUUAGCAUUUUUCCACUGAAUUCUCAGCUCUUACAGCAAGAUUUACAUCCCUGAAUCCUACAAUUUUUAAUAGAUGGUGAUGAACACCAAUUGUACUAUUUUAGCAACUCUUUUCUCACUCAGAAUCUGUGUCAGUUUGCAACCUGUUACCCUUCCACAGUGUCCCAAUGGGCUUGGUAGGACCAUUUCUGCGUGCAAAUUCAACCAUCUCUUCCUCAGGUUCCAGAGUUUCCUGCCAGCAAACCCACUAUGAUUAUAUAGACCAGCCACCAUCCCUUCUUGAGUAUGCUUAAAGAUGGACUGAUAAUGAGAAUAUAAUCAGUAAAAAUAAUUUUAAAUAUUGUUGAAUUUCCUGAACAAUAAAAAAAACAUUCUAUGUGAAAUUGAAAUAAUGGAUGCUUAUUGAAUA